AUGCCUUUGAUCUUUUCUAACAGAAUAUGUGAAGAGGCGAGAAAAUGGGCAGCGCAUUCUUGGAGGCUUUUGCCACACCUGAUGCUGUGUCUGUCUCUGGUUGCUUACGCAGCGCUGGGUGCGCUCAUGUUCCGGCACAUAGAAGGAGGCAACGUGUCCACCACGCAGCCGGAGUAUCAUGACUUCUUGGGAAAGAUUGUCGAUAGGGUGCAGAAUCGCACCAAUAACGAAUCCUACACAAAUCAAGACAUAGUGAAAGAAGUGGAGAAUGACAUGUUGGAGUUCAAGUCAAUCUGGUUCCAGAGACCUGAGAGAUGGACCUUUUCUGGCUCCUUGUUCUUCUGCUGCACCGUGUUCACUACUGUUGGGUAUGGAGAGAUCUAUCCGGUUACCCUGCCUGGUAAGGUGGUGUGUAUCUUGUAUGCCAUGGUGGGCAUCCCCCUCAUGCUUCUUGUCAUCCUUGAUGUUGGCGAUUUCCUUGCUGUGAUGAUGACCAGAACCUACAUCCGCACUCACUCCUUCUGCAAAAACCUCCGCUCUCGCACCUGGUCACCAUGGAAGGCUAAGAAGAGAGCAGAGGACUCGAGCCACCGGGCCCUGGAAGACGGUACUUUUGUUUUCAGCCACAAUAUUGUGGUUCGUGAACCCCUCGACAUCCGGCAGGUGAUGCAUAGCCAGGCGGCUGUGAGGCACAAGUCCAUCCAGCUCCAAAACAACAAAGAGAUCUUUGAGAAGAUUCUCGCCAGGGAGAAUUUACUUAGAAAGGGCCCGCUGCUCAGGAGCAUCUCCUGCCCAGAACUAGACCGCUUGCCCCGACCGAUCAAAGGAUACACCAUGUGGGAUUUCACAGGGUUAGGAGAUAAUAUGGAAAUGCUGGACGUACCAUUUGUAUUGAUUCUGCUGAUUGUGUUUGCUUACAUAUUGUUUGGAGGUUUGAUUCUUCCGUUGUGGGAAACAGAAUUCAAGGACUUUGACCCCUACUACUUCUGUUUCAUCACACUCACUACCAUCGGUUUUGGCGACAUUGUACCCAAUCAUCCAAAUUAUUUCAUGCUUACCUCACUCUUCAUCAUUGUUGGUAUGGCCAUCAUGUCCAUGGCUUUCAAGCUGGGCCAAACACGAAUUGUAAGUUGCUACCGCCAGUGCAUCAAAUACAUCAGCAGAGGAAACAUAGACACUUUCACAAAUGAAAAGAACAAGUAA